AUUUUCGUCCACCUCCUGUUUAUAGCGUCUAUAUCUCUGCACGCAGGCAGGCUUCACCGCUUGCUUCGCCGAGCUGGGGGUCCUCGGGUUAGCGAGAGUCACUAAAGACCUGGCUCAGCUUGGUAGGGAGCGGUUGCAUCAUGUUGUAUCGACAAGUGCUAUUGUACUUCCUGAUACCUCCCAUAUUGGUCUUUGGUGCUCUGUAUAGACCAUUAUUAGGCAGAAGGGAUGUCAUCAAGAUCUUAUGGCUGGCAUUUAUGGCUACUCUCUGGACGACCCCUUGGGACAAUUGGAUCAUCUCACAAGCUGGAUGGGACUAUCCUCCAGAUUCUAUCUUGGGAAGGCUAUGGCUCGUCCCAUUUGAAGAGCAUGCCUUCUUCAUCCUCCAACCCAUCUUCCUCAUCCUCCUUCAUGCCAUCUGCACCCAUCACCGACUCCUCCCGUUCGAUUUUGACAGCUCCUCAAAAUCCCCAGCUCUCAUUAGAAGCUCUUCCAGAUCCUCUAUCAGCGGGCCAUCAUCUCCUCUUCGCACAAUCUCAUCACCGUCACUCAAAUCAAGUCCGUCUCGCCAAAUCUUGGAGGGAGAUUACUUUGGUUCGCCGGCAAAGGGCGAGACAGUGGUCGAGAGGAGGUCAUUACCUAGGCGAAGCUUGCAAACACUCCCGAGACGACCGAUGCCGAGUCUGUUGUGGUUGGGCUUGUUCAUUUUUGGCUUAAACUUAGUCGGUGAAGCUCAUUUCGGGCUCUUGGAAAAUCAUCUUGGGUUGCUCGGCGUAGGACGGAGGGCGUUCUACCUCGGUUGGAUCCUCGUUUGGAUAUCGCCUGUUAUCGGGUUUCUGACCUGGCUGGGGGCCAGGCUGACGCAGAGCGCCUGGAUUUCAUGGAUCAUUGGUUCGGGAUUCUUAUGCGUUGUCGACACCAUUGGGAUUCGCUCUGGCGCCUGGUCGAUCUCUCUAGAGACAAGCGUUGGCUUCGAGGUCGUCCGAGGACUGCCUCUCGAAGAAUUCGUCUUCUUCCUACUCACAUCAUAUCUUGUCAUCCUGAGCUCAUCUUUAAUAACUCAUCUCCACACUCUCCUCAUCCUGUCACCAUCAUUACCGCCCUGUCCGCCCCUCAAUCCCAUAUCACAUAUUACUCUUCUCGCAAGUGUCGCCUUGAGGGCCCCGCACAUCGACAUCAAUGUACUGAACGGAUUGAGAAACGCCGAGGAGACGCUUAAAAGGGGAAGCAAGAGCUUCAGCGUUGCCAAGUUGGCGUUCAGUAGGGAGAUGCGCAUAGGACUGGUCGCGAUGUACUCUUGGUGUCGCGUCACGGACAACCUCAUAGAUGAUCCUAUAAUAUCAGACACUGCACGCCAUUCUGAAGAUACCCUGCAUCGAGCUCGAAUUCAUAUCCUUGAAUCACUACGGAAACAUCUGGAAGCAACAUACACGGCUCCAUAUCCCAAUUCUAUCAGUACAUGCGACGGAAUACUGGACACCCUUCCAAAUCUUACUCAAGCCAAUCGAUCCGCAUUUCGGUUGUUUUCAGCCAUUAUCCCUCGCCUCGUCCCGAUUGAUCCAUUUUUGGAACUCUGCGACGGUUACGAGACAGACACGAGAUUCGUCCCGGUUACAGACCUUGGCCCUGGCCCUAGCGUCAGUGCAGGCGAAGCGCAGGUCGUCGCUUCGAGUACGGCUCCGAGUCCGCUCAAAGCGAAGCUUGCGAGCCAGGAUGUUGCGCAUCUCGAGCGCUACCUGCCGAUAAAGACAACAAAAGACCUCCUUGGGUACGCAGAUGAUGUAGCUGGAUCAAUCGCUGCAGCGAUCUGUUACUUAUCUUGGUCAAUCCUUGAUACACCGGCCAACCCCGCGCAUUCACUCACACCCAUUUCCGCUCAUCUAGCCUGGUCAGAUCGUAUACAUCGACCGCUCAUGAGAGCAAAGACGGGCAAUUCUCCGGAGCACGAUGAACGCGUUUGGGUGGUAGAGAAAUCUCGAGAAAUGGGUCGUGCCCUUCAGCUAGUCAACAUAGCUCGAGACAUUGCCAAGGACGCCGUCAUUGGCCGCGUCUACGUUCCCUUAUCAUCAUUCGCCUCCGCGUCCGACCUUUUGGACGUGCUCUUCCCCCGUCGUACGGGACCAUCUCCGAAAUACGCUGCUUACUCGAUGCCCCUUUUACAUAUGGCCGAUCAGCUUCGAGCCUCGUCAGAAGGCGCCAUUAACAAACUCCCACGGACGGCGAGAGGUGGUACGAGGGCCAUGGCAGCAUCUUAUUUUGAGAUCGGCACUGCCAUACGUGCUCAGGACGGACAUGUGGAUGAACGAGGCGUGAAGGUUAGUAAGUGGAAGCGAGCGGGACAGGCAGCUCGAGCCAUGUGGCUUGGCUGAGGUGACUCUUCUGGCUCGGUGCGGUAAAUACCUGUCAUAGAUACUAGACUCUUCAUAGUUGCAUGAAUACUCACGAUCC